AUACCCGGCUCUAAACCUCUAAGCAAACAGAACUCAGUCCCAAUUCUGCUAGCGCGGUAUCAGUAUCAAACGCCACCAUUUCUACUCUCCACCACCCAAACAACCAUCUCUCUCCGCCACGCCGCCGCUGCCCCUUCUCCUCUGCACCACCGACCACUACCGAGGUGGCUUUUCCCACCUAGUGGCUGUUGAUUUAUGGGUCUUGGAGAAUCAAAUGGGUAGUUUCUAAGUCAAUCCUGUAAAAGCGGAUACUACUGAAUUACAAAAUGAGUUUGUUCUCGCGGUUAAGGCAUCAGUUGCCUUAUGAACUUUUUAGGAAGCCCUUUUUCUGUCCUGUGCAUAAAUUAGUUAACUCGGUUGGGAUGGCUCGCGGGUUUGCUCAGCCUGCAUUGAAAGAAGACGAAGAAGGUGUGGAGGAAAUAGAAGUCGACCAAAGAAGGCUUCCGGCUGAUUAUGAUCCUGCUACAUUUGAUCCUACGGAACAUCGUAGUCCUCCAACAGAGAGGGUAUGGAGACUAGUUGAUGAAAUAUCGUCGCUUACCUUGGUUGAAGUUGCAGAGCUUGGUUCAAUAAUGAUGAAAAAGAUGGGUAUGAAGGAGCCUCCAGUUGUGGGGGUCAUGAAACCUGGAGACGUUGGUAUGGGUGCAGUGUCAAUGAAGGGACCAGCAACAGUUGCCAAGGAAGAGAAGAAAGUAGAGAAGACUGUUUUUGAACUAAAGCUGGAGUCCUAUGAUGCAGCUUCAAAGAUCAAGGUCAUUAAGGAGGUUCGGAGUUUCACUGACUUGGGACUUAAAGAAGCAAAGGAUUUAGUGGAGAAGACGCCUGCAGUGUUUAAAAAAGGAGUGUCAAAGGAAGAAGGAGAGCAGAUAAUCGAGAAGAUGAAAGCUGUUGGGGCAAAAGUUGUUAUGGAGUGAAGUGAGAAUGAAACUGGCAUUUUUGUUCAUCUUUGAAAGUUUAUGAAUCUGAUGAUGUCUGUCAAAGGCAAAGUUAUAGUUGGAUUUUGAACUCUUUUUUUUUUUUUUUUUUUUUUUU